CAAUGACGCUGCGGGGAUCUAUUUACUUGGAUCUUAUCGACCAAUCCGAACGCAGAUGGGGCGGGACGUCGCUGUCAGGAGGCGGAGCUCUUGCCUGAAGUUGAGUUCCUCGUCUGCUGUCAUUAAACUUUCUGAAACUUCGUGUCAGUCCGCUGUAGCUGCUCCGCCAGCACGCACUGUCUUUCUUCUUUACACAGACUGUCGCUCUACGAUAUAUAUUACUCAUAAUAAUGCACGGCCAUGACACGCUACUGCUUGUCUUGUCUUUUACACUCUUUCGCAUCGGACAGAAGGCAAUAUCAGCACAAUCUGCCAUGUACGAGACAGAUGUGGUCGUACCGCAGGAGCUGCGGCUGGACGAGGUGCACCUGCUCCAGGGAUCCUACAGGUGGAGCAGGGGUCGCAGACCACGCUCGGACCAUCAGCACGAGGACCACCUGUUUCUACGGCUGCCUGCUUUUGGAAAGGAACUGUACUUACAGCUCCAGAGAGUCGACUCUUUCCUGGCUGAGGGGUUUGUGACGGAGGAGAGGAGCGAGGAGGGCAGUGUUCAGCACAAGCCCGCUUUAAGGGUCCGACGGUGUUUCUAUGCUGGAGCCGUUCUCAAUCACACAGACUCUUUUGCCUCAUUGGAUGCUUGUGGUGGACUGACUGGCCUGGUUCAGACUAAAGAGGAAAGACUGUUCAUCGAGCCAGUGGGCCAGGCCGCGGAUUCCUUCUCUGGCUGGGAACACCGAGUGAUUUGGGAAAAGCAUUCUUCAUCGGACAGACCUGCGAAUGCUGAAGACAGCAGCCCGAAAUUCUGCCAAACCAUCGAAGACAAGAAGAAGGAGAAACGGGUAAAAGGAGCAGAGGAUGUGCGCGGCAGGAGGAACGCCAUCCGGCUGAGCAGAGAGUACACGGUGGAGACGGUCGUGGUGGCCGACGCAAACAUGGUGCAGUAUCACGGUGCUGAGGCCGCCCAACGCUUUCUGCUCACCGUUAUGAACAUGGUGUAUAACAUGUUUCAACACCAGAGUUUGGGGGUGAGGCUCCAUAUCCGGGUCACCAAGCUGGUUCUCCUGCACACCCGUCCAAAAAAGCUGAAGGUGGGCCACCAUGGAGAAAAAGCCCUGGAGAGCUUCUGUCACUGGCAGCAUGAGGAAUACGGUGCACGAUACCUGGGAAACAAUCACGUACCUGGGAGCAGAGACGACCCUCCUCCUGUGGACGUGGCUGUGCUGGUCACCAGAACAGAUUUUUGCGUCCACAAAGAUGAGCCUUGUGACACAGUUGGAAUCGCUUAUCUGGGCGGCACCUGUAGCUCCAAAAGGAAGUGUGUGCUGGCGGAGGACAACGGACUCAACCUGGCCUUCACCAUCGCUCAUGAGCUGGGCCACAACCUGGGCAUGAGCCAUGAUGACGAUCACGCCAGCUGCACGGGCCACUCUCACAUCAUGUCCGGGGAAUGGGUCAAAGGUCGUAACCCCAGUGACCUCUCCUGGUCUAGCUGCAGUCGUGACGACCUGGAGAAGUUCCUCAGAUUGAAAGCAAGUUCCUGUUUGCUUCAUACUGACCCACGUAACCGCCACCUCAUCCGCCCACCAGCCAAACUUCCCGGGAUGCACUACAGCGCUGACGAACAGUGCCAGAUCCUAUUCGGCAGCAACGCUACUUUCUGCACUGAUAUGGAGCACCUGAUGUGUGCUGGUCUCUGGUGUUUGGUGGAAGGAGACACUUCAUGUAAAACCAAACUAGAUCCACCGCUGGACGGCACUGAAUGUGGAGCCGACAAGUGGUGCAGGGCUGGUGAGUGUGUCAGUAAGACGCCCAUCCCGCAGCAUGUCGAUGGAGACUGGAGUCCGUGGAGCACGUGGAGCAUGUGCAGCCGGUCGUGUGGCACAGGAGCAUGCUUCAGACAGAGGAAAUGCGACAACCCCCCGCCCGGUCCUGGAGGGAAGUACUGUCAGAAGGCCAGCGUGGAGCACAAAGUGUGUGAAGGGAAGCCGUGCUCCAAGGGUCUGCCUACGUUUAGAGACCAGCAGUGUCAGUCUCAUGACCGGCAGCCCAGUAAGAAGAAAAGCCAGAUGUGGACAGCUGUGAUCGACGAUGAAAAGCCAUGCGCUCUAUAUUGUUCAGCGGCUGGCAGUGAUGCACCGGUAUUAGUGGCAGAACGUGUGCUGGACGGAACGCCAUGUGGACCUUAUGAGAGCGACCUGUGUGUGAGCGGAAAAUGUCAGAAAAUCGGAUGUGAUGGCAUCAUCGGUUCAUCUGCAAAAGAAGACCGGUGCGGCGUCUGCAACGGUGAUGGCAAAUCCUGCAAGAUCGUGAAAGGAGACUUCAACCACUCAGAAGGGAUGGUCCCUCAUAGACUUUGUAAGAAGGUUUCUACGUGCGUGAUGUCGAAACCCAGAGCUGUUCUCAAGUGUUUCUCAUGUUACGUCGAGGCAGCUGUCAUUCCGGUGGGAGCUCGGCGGAUAAAAGUUGUGGAAGACAAACCGUCCCAAAGCUUUCUGGCUCUGAAGGACUCCAGCAAGCGAUCCAUAAACAAUGACUGGAAAAUCGAGCUGCCAGGGGAGUUUGAGCUCGCUGGCACCACGGUCCGCUACGUGAGGAGAGGACAGUGGGAAAAGAUGUCUGCCAAAGGACCCACAAAGUCUCCGCUCCACCUCAUGGUUCUGCUGCUCCACGAUCAGACGUAUGGGAUCCAUUAUGAAUACACGGUUGCCCUGAACCGGUCGCAGGAGGACGUCAGUGACCCGGUGAAGGAACCAGAACACAUGUACCUGUGGACCCACAGCAGCUGGGAGGACUGCAGCGUGCACUGCGGAGGAGGAGAGAGAAGGACUGUGGUGUCGUGCAUGAGAAUAGUUAACAAGACCAUGACUCAAGUCAACGACAGCUUCUGUCAGCAGGAGAACAGACCCGCGCCUCAAAUCCGCCACUGCAACACCCACCCCUGCCAAUACAGGUGGGUCGCUGGUGAUUGGGCGCAGUGUUCAGUAACCUGCGGCAGAGGCUUGCAGCAGAGGGAAGUCGGCUGUGUGUACCAGCUGCAAAAUGGCACGUACAUCCCCACCAGAGACCUGUACUGUCUGAGCCCCAAACCAGCCAGCGUACAGCACUGCGAGGGACGCCACUGCCUCACCGUCUGGGAGGCCUCCGAAUGGUCCAAGUGUUCCUCUGAAUGCGGUCGCGGCAGCAGGAAGAGGAGCGUGACCUGCACCAAUCCUCAGGGUCUCUGUGAUCCCGUGUCUCGUCCUGCAGAGGUGGAGACGUGUGAGGAUCACUCCAAAUGUUACGAGUGGAAGACCGGCGAAUGGUCCAAGUGCUCAUCAUCCUGUGGGCGGGGCUUGCAGUCCAGAGUGGUCCAGUGCAUGCACAAAGUGACCGGUCGCCAUGGCAGUGAUUGCCCAGCAGUCCUGAAGCCCUCCGCGUAUAGACAGUGUCAUCUUGAGACGUGCAAUGUGAAAGUCAAUGUGAACACCAUCACCUCCCCGAGACUGGCUGCAUUGACGUACAAGUGCGCUGGGGAUCAGUGGGCGGUUUACUGCAGGGUGAUCCGAGAGAAGAACCUGUGCCAGGACAUGCGCUGGUACCAACGCUGCUGCCAGACCUGCAGAGACUUUUACACCAGCAAAAUGCCCCCCAAGAGAUAAUGACCCCACCACUCCCACUCACAGAGGUUUCUUUUUGUCUUCUCCAUUCGUACUGUCAAAAACAAGGUUUUAUAUUCUUAUUAAAAAUGUUCUUACGUGAAAUAAUGAAAGCAGUGGAACUGAUAUUUCCAGCAGAACACAAUUACGUAAACGUGAGUGUUUCUAACUAUGCAUUAACUUUAUCACCCCGUGCACUGAGUAUGUACUUGCAGUGUGUUAGUCAAGUGUUUGCGUACUUGCAUUUUGUUUGUUUCUUGUUUUCGGACUUGAAGGUUUAUCGUUUUGCCAUGUUUUGCUGUAAUCCACACUUUGGCCCUGGAAGUGACUUCUUCAGCAUACUGACCUGCCUGUUGCACUGUGGGUAAAGCUCAGUUAUUUUUAAGGCCACUGGUUGGCCAGUAACCAAUGGACUUUGUAACAGCUUUUUUUUUUUCACGACCUCUAUCAACAAUCUUUUGUCUUGUAUUUUUUUUUAUUUUUAUUAAUUGUAUUAUUGCCUGUGUUAUAUUGGCUCUGCAACCCAAACAUAGUGAACUUCCUUGCUUUUUUAAUCACAAUUGAUUGAGUUUAGAUAUUGAUUUCAAUUUAGUAACAUGCAAAUAUUGUAUAAAAUAAUAAUUUCUGAUUAGAUUGAUCAAUUCAUGCAUUCCCUGGGAAUCGAACCCAUGAUUUUGCUGUUGCUAGCAGUAUGUAUAAUUGCGUACUGCUAAACAAUAAUGCAUAGCAUAAUCUAGCAUGAUCUAUUUUUGCAUGCAAGCAAUAACAGCAUAAUCUAUUUUUAAAAUAAUGCAUGCAUGCAUGCUGUAAUGGAUUACGCAUUGCGUUUUUUCUCUGCAUGUUCAGCAAAAGAAGGCGAUGCAAUCAUGCCUCCUACCUUUCUGAACAGCCUUCACGCUGAGAGUCUAUGUAGGCAGCUCACUAGGUUUUGUAAAAGAGCUGAAGUAGCUUGUUAUUUAGUUUAUCAAGAGCCAUCUCGAUGAAGUCGAACAGCCAAGCUAAUUCUCUUUAAGAUUGAAGUAUUUCAUAUCAAAAUAAGGCUAAUUAGUGACUCUUACAGAGCCAUUUUUAUAUCACAGACUUUUUGAAAAAUAGCAUUGCAGUCCAAAUCUCAUCAUUAAGAUCUGAAUACAAUUGAUAGGAUUACUUUACAGAUACUUUACAGUCAGGAUGUGGUGAGAAAAUGUGAAAAUUUAGGUUAGGUUGGCAUUUCAUAAAAAACUAAAACAAAACAACAGCCCAUGUUUGAGGGUGACACUGCAUAUGUGUGCAUGAGAAACUCUGUUUCAAACCCUACUGAGCUACAUAGGGAGCUCACUGACACUAGUGACCAAUUUGGAGUGCACUUCAAAUGCAAACGUAGCAUACAUAUUGACCUUCAUACUCUGCUGAUGCCUUUAAAUGCUCACUAGGUUUUGGAACAGAGCGUAUAUGUGUGUGUGUGUGUGUGUUCGAGACCUUGGCUCCCAUCUACCAGGUUGCACAAGGUCACAGCAGGUGCUAGACAAAUUUCACUACUGUGAAAUUCAGCCGUUUCUCCACGUUUUGUUCUUGUACUUUUGUAUGUAUUUAAAUGAAACAUAUUUUUUAUGUUUGUUAGGAUUAUUUAAUACAUAUUGUAUCUACCUGCUUCUGUCAUAACUAUUUGGUGCAACAGCUUCAUGUUCCAGGUUUGGUGAAUAUCGCUUCUGUAUUCCAGUACUGUAAGUCAGUAUUGCACAUGUGAUUGGUACUUAAACUGCCACUUUUAAUGGUGCUUAUUUGAAAUGACUUACAUUUCAGACUGUUCACACACAAAAAAUAAAUGUAUAUCCUGUA